ACUCAAGCUAGACAAAUUUGCAACUAACAAGCUAACGUUAUUUCGCUGAAUUCAUUCACACUUUUGGCCAUGUUCCGGAAUCAGUAUGACAACGACACAACCACUUGGAGUCCGCAGGGUCGUCUCUUCCAGGUGGAGUACGCAAUGGAGGCGGUGAAACAGGGAGCAGCCACCGUGGGACUCAAGGGCACCGACUAUGCCGUGCUGGCCGCCCUGUGCCGCACCUCAAAGGACACGAACACGCUCCAGCGGAAGAUCAUGCCGGUGGAUGACCACGUGGGUAUGUCUAUCGCAGGACUAACGGCAGAUGCCCGCGUGGUGUGCCAGUACAUGAGGACGGAGUGCAUGGCAUAUCGGCACUCCUAUAACGCAGAAUUUCCGGUUCGCCGUUUGGUUUCCAAUCUGGGUAACAAGCUGCAGACCACCACCCAGCGCUAUGAUCGUCGUCCCUACGGUGUGGGCUUGCUGGUGGCUGGAUACGAUGAGCAGGGACCACAUAUCUACCAGGUGAUGCCCACGGCCAAUGUGCUCAACUGCAAGGCAAUGGCCAUUGGAUCUCGUUCGCAGAGUGCUCGCACAUAUCUGGAGCGAAAUAUGGAGAGUUUCGAGGACUGCGACAUGGAUGAACUGAUAUGUCAUGCCAUUCAGGCCAUUCGAGGAUCGUUGGGUUCCGAUGAUGUCGAGAAUCUCACCAUAAAUGUGGCCAUUGUGGGCAAGGAUGUGCCGUUUAAAAUGUUUACGGAAGCCGAGAACCAGAAGUAUGUGAAAUUGGUCAAGGCUAUGGAUCCACCUCUGGAGGCGGACCACGAUCCUCUAUCCGAGGAGGGAAUGAGCGAUGAUGACAUGACGGACCACGGACCGAGUAGCAGUGGAGUUCCACCCAAUGAUACAUCUGACAUGGAAACCACUGCAUCCACCGGCGGCAGUGACGCACAUUGAUCUAAUCUGUGAUUAGAAACCCUGACAGAGUAUACUAAAUUUAUUGUUUCGUUAAUAAUGUUAUUAAAGUUUAUAGUUAUU